AUACCAUACUCGCAAAUUUCAAGAAAAGAACCUCCUCAGAGUCAUUACCCGUAAGAGCACCAACCUGUUAGGCUGUUAGUUUUCGUGGGGUUUCUAGUCAUGGCCAGAAAAUAGAGCCGAGUCAUCGUGAGAAAGAAGCACCAAGAAAUUUGUUAUUAAAACUGGGAAGGAAGCUUGUUCAUUCAUCCAUACCUCACACUGGCCUUUCUCUUGUGACUAGCUAGUAGUGUUUAUUGUUCCCGUUGCCUUCAAAAGCACUCUCAAAUCUAUGCAAAAUCUCCCCCUUCAGAAUCUCUUCCUCCAUUGCCACCUCUCUUGCCCUUUGUCUCUCUAAAUCUUGAAGAAAUCAAAGAAAGAAAAAACUAGAAGAGACAGAGAGAGGACCCCUUUUAUAUUAAAGAAAAAGAUCCAUACAUGUUCACUGGUGUCUGAUGAAGGCAAAGACUCACAUUCUUCCAUUCUUUGCCACUCUCACUCUCAUUUGCCUGACCACUGCCCAACACCACUCUUUUUCUAGCAAUGCUGGCCCUAGAGACUCACAAACAAUUCAUAUCAAGCAAAGCCAAAGACACCUUUUACAUUACAGAGAGGAACUUGAUAUAGAAGAUGAGUAUCUGAUGUUACCAGCUUGCCUCAAAUUCGACAACCCUAGACUCAGAAGUGCCUACAUUGCACUCCAAGCAUGGAAACUAGCCAUCAUCUCGGACCCAUUGAACCUCACAUCCAACUGGGUGGGAUCCGACGUUUGCAGCUACACUGGUGUCUUCUGUGCCACAUCUCUCGACAAUUCGUCGAUUCAAACCGUUGCUGGGAUUGAUCUAAAUCAUGGCGACAUGGCAGGGCACUUGGUUGAAGAGCUCGGACUCCUGACGGACAUUGCCUUGUUUCACGUUAACUCCAACAGAUUCUGUGGGAAAGUACCAAGAUCUUUCAAGAAACUAAAACUACUCUACGAGCUGGAUCUAAGCAACAAUCGUUUUGCGGGCAGGUUUCCUUACGUUGUUCUUGAUCUUCCAAAGCUCAAGUAUCUUGAUCUUCGAUUUAACGAGUUUGAAGGCGAUUUGCCAAAAGAGCUGUUUGACAAGGAUCUCGACGCAAUAUUCAUGAACCACAACAGGUUUGCUCUUGAAUUACCUGAUAAUUUUGGCAACUCACCGGUUUCUGUUAUUGUUCUUGCAAAUAAUAAAUUCCACGGGUGUUUUCCGACAAGUUUGGUUAACAUGUCUAAGACCCUAAAUGAAGUGAUUCUCAUGAACAAUGGCUUGCGCUCGUGUUUACCUAGGGAGAUAGGAUUGCUUAAGAAGGUGACAGUUUUUGAUGCGAGUAAUAACAAACUCUUCGGUUCUUUGCCGGACAACAUCGGAGAAAUGGAGAGUCUAGAACUGCUAAAUGUGGCACAUAAUAUGCUGUCAGGAAAUAUCCCUGGAAGCGUGUGCUUGCUUCCACAUCUGAAGAACUUUAGUUAUGCUUAUAACUUCUUCACUGGUGAACCACCAGCGUGUUUGGAUUUGGAAAAUUUUGAUGAUGGCAGGAAUUGUUUGAGGAACAGGCCCAAACAGAGAUCAACAUUGCAAUGUAAAGUGUUCUUGUCUAGGCCCGUAAAGUGCGAGGCUUUUAAAUGUCACAAGUUCGAUCCUUCUCCACCGCCCCCACCUGUUACUUCACCCCCUUAUCAAUCACCCCCUCCGCCUCCACCACCUCCGCCAUGCCAUGAGCAACCGCCUCCACCUCCAUCACCUCCACCAUGCCAUGAACAACCGCCUCCACCAUCACCUCCAGUUCAAUACUUGUUGCCUCCACCUCCUCCAGUUUAUAAUUCACCGCCUCCACCAGCUCCAGUGUAUAAUGGUCCAUUGCCACCUAUUAGUGGCAUACCUUACGCAUCUCCGCCACCUCCACCACUCUACUAAAUGGAUGAUUCUUUUUAGAGAUUUCUCCUUUCACCAGCCCUGCAAGAUCACAAUUACUUGCCUUGUAUUCUUGGCAACAAGGGGAAUAGACCGGAGUCACCGGACCCAUUUCAUAGCAAUCAUCCAAGAAUUGUUUCACAUAAUUGCAUGUAGCAGAAUUCAAGUUUAAAAGACAUUUGGAGAUAGAAAAGAACAGAAGGAAAAGAAGUGUGCAAGAAGAUUAAGUUUCCCUAUAUGUUUAUAAUUGAAUUGCCAUGCGUGUUUUUUGAGUAGUUAAUAAGAUGAAUGAUGUAGAGAGAAACAGUAGGUUUGCAGCGAUUGUAAUUACAUAUAUGAGAUUCAUCUUAGCUAUUUAUAUGUGCUUUCCAAUGGAAAGAUCUGAUGUCUACUUCAGUGUCAUUGUUUAUUCUGUUCUUAUA